UGAGGCUGAGCACCCACCAGCCCCUGCAAAAGUUGGCGCCUAUGGCCUUAGUUACCACUGGCUGCAGAAAGGUGAUUGAGGUGAAUGUGUCCUGUUUUGGAGCUCAUGACAUUUUCAGAGAGAGCACCGAUGGAGAACAGGUCGUAUCCUGCUGAGAAGACAGAGACACUCCUGGGUUCCCAGGAAACCCAAAUGAAACAAAACGGAACAACUCACGUGACCAUCCCCCCCCUGGGUGGAAAGAGCAGCACAAUUGGUUCUACAGGUUUGCUGUCUGGGUUGAAACCAUGGGCACAUCGCUGGGCAGUUCAGAGCCUGGUUCUCAAUCUCGUACUGAUCAUCACCAUCCUCAUCCUCCUCAUCACCCUGACAGCAAAGGCAUCUGAGCCGUGUCCAGCUGGUGCUGCCUGCCCAGUGGCUGCCUGCCCAGACAGCUGGGUCGGGUACCUGGAGAAGUGUUACUAUUUCUCAGAGACUGAAGGGAACUGGACCCACAGCCAGAGCCACUGCUCUUCCCUCGGUGCCUCCCUGGUGGCGAUUGACACCCAGCAGGAAAUGAAUUUCAUGCUGCGCUAUAAAGGCCUCACUGACUAUUGGAUCGGCCUGUGGAGGGAACCAAACCAGCCCUGGAAAUGGGUCAAUGGUACCAAAUUCAACAACUGGUUUAAAAUAGUGGGAGGAGAAAAAUGUGCUUUUGUGAACAGUGGUGAUAUUGCCAGUUCAGGCUGCUCCAGGGACGCACACUGGAUCUGCAGCAAAGCAGCAGAGAAACCAGCAGGCUGAGCAAAGUGGCUGACCCUGGAUGAGUCGGGCCUUGUCCUUUCAAUGGGGCUGGCCCAAGCAGCACGGAAGAUGUUCACUGCAAAGAAUAGGGCAGACAAUCCCCCAAACUGGUGGUUUAUUCCAUAAUUAGAUUUCACCAAGCCAGUAACCAAACAGCUUCUGUAAUACCUUACUGUGACGAACUGGGAAUGUUCUUAAUGUUUGCUCU